AAUGGUUUCACGCCUAUCUUGUCAACACAUGGAUUCCACUCAUACCUGACUUCUCAGAAGCGCUGUAGAGGUGUCAAAGACACUUCCGAGUCAGUCGUCCAGGAGCACGCUCAUGAACCAUGUAUUAGCAAAAUGCCUAUUAACUUAACAGCAUUGCGUGAUAUUUUCACCUGCUCACGUUGCCCCCUCUGGAAAUGUCCAAAAGACGGAGAAAAGGACAGCUGUGAGCCGCAUUCAAAGGAUGGGGACCAAGAAGCCGAUGAAGACACUGAACCUGGGAGGUAUUUCUCUCACAAAUCAACGAGGUCAGAGUCGAACUGGUCAUCUCCGCCACCAACGGAUGAAAGUUUGGGCAUCUACAAGGCACUGUGGGCAUUCGAGGCUCGGUCAGAAGAGGAAAUGUCUUUUGUGAAAGAUGACUUGUUCAGAGUUACAGAGCGGUCAGGAGACUGGUUGACAGCACAUAAGCUCGUCAAUGGGGAGGUCGUGGCCAGCGGUGUUGUACCCUGUAAUUACCUUGUCAAGGGAGAGACGUUAGAUGAUCAGCCGUGGUAUUUUGGAAAGCUAAAUCGGUUCGAAGCCCAAAACCUCCUCCUCACCUCUGGGAAUCCAGAAGGGGCAUUCCUGGUGCGGCACAGCGAAAAGGAUGAAGUGGGACACGUCUUAUCUGUGAAGGUCGAUGAUAAGGUGAAGCAUUUCAAGAUCCUUCAGGGAGAGGAGGGGUUGUUCUAUGUGGAGCUGAAUCAGACGUUCACAGAUCUGGAGGCCCUGGUGAAGUAUUACAGGGGCCACUCGCUAUCUGUUGUCGCCCAAAUUACCGAGGCCUGUGCCCGGAGAAAGCCAGAGCCUCAGGAUCUUCCCAGUAUUCCAGAGGAUGACUGGGAACUUCCUAAGAGCGAGUUUACCCUUGAGCAGCAGCUGGGCUCUGGCUACUUCGCUGAUGUGUACCGUGGGAAGUGGAAAGGCACGGUCAAUGUCGCCAUCAAGAUCCUAAAGAACAAUGACAUGCUGAACCACCGUGAGUUCCAGCUGGAGACCCAGAUGCUGAAGCAGCUCAGGCAUCGGCACCUCAUCUGUCUCUUCGCCAUCUCCACAGACUCCGCCCCCUUCUACAUCAUCACAGAGCUCAUGGAGAAGGGCAACCUGCUCAGCUUCCUGAGAGGUCCAGAGGGACAGCAUAUGGACUUCAUGUCCCUGACAGACAUGGCCACUCAGGUGUCAGAUGCCAUGGCCUAUCUGGAGUCAGAGAACAGCAUUCACCGGGAUCUGGCCGCUCGAAACGUCCUGGUGGGAGUGGACAACAUCUGCAAAGUGGCAGACUUUGGCCUGGCUCGAGUCAUCAAGGAGCCAUUUUAUUUGUCUGAGGACAAGAAGAUCCCCUAUAAGUGGAGUGCUCCAGAAGCCAUCAGCCAUGGAAGAUUUUCUAACAAAUCCGAUGUCUGGUCAUUUGGAAUACUGCUCUAUGAAAUCUUCACCUAUGGAGGAUCUCCAUACCCAACUUAUGCCAACUAUGAGGUAUUCCAGCGCAUCACCGAGGGAUACCGGAUGCCAUGCCCAAAGACAUGCCCAAAGCACAUUUAUGACAUCAUGCUGAUGUGCUGGAGCUAUUCGCCCGAAGAACGACCUGACUUCCAGGAGCUCAAAUCCCUUCUGGACACAGACCGCUACAACGAGUGGACCCCAGAGAGUUGUGUUGACAACUCAGAGGCACCAGGGGGCAGCAAUGAGUCAGAGCCAGCAGAUGAGGACACAUGGUCGUAACCAGAGUCAGGUGGUGACCACAGGGUGGCAGCAGGCAGAAACAGGGCCUUUGCUGAGGUGUGUCACAGAGUUCGUGGAGACAAACUGUGAGGAAUUUGGGAGCUGGGGUUGUGGAGACCUGAAGCUUUGUAGCAGACACGAGCCUUGACAUGAACAGUAAACAUUUCCACCACAUUCUUUUUGACGUGCUGAAGAUAUCGUGGCUCGUGUACUGUUUGGUUCUGCAUGAGAAGGCCAGUCCUUGUUUUGAACAAUGUUGUUGUUACACUGUAAGAUAGCAUUGAGAACAUUUGAUUGUUUUGUUCUGAAAACUUACAUGUCUUUAAAAGUUAAGAGUAUUGCCUUCUAACUGAGAAACCAUGAGCCUAUAAGCGCUUACUGUGGGCAUAUGUGUUGUAAAUACUACUGUGCCACCACUGGUAGAAAUGGGGCCUUGUUUGAAAACAAUAUGAUGAUUACAUCUUGCAUUCAUGACAAUGUGUGGUCACAUCUGUAUUUUACUCAGUUGCAUAUAAUACAUUGACAGAUGACAGAUUUAGAGAAUUUACAGAAGUAGAGAAUAUUAUGGCUGUUAUUACUGUGGGUGUGUUUUCUUCUGUUCUGUCAAUUCUAAAUUGCUGGCAGUAAUUUCCUUAGUGGUCACAGUGAAUCACAGUAAAGCCCACAGUCAAUAGCCAUGUAAACAAGUACACUGCGUGCUGGUCACAGUGAAACACAGUAAAGCCCACAGUCAAUAGCCAUGUAAAUAGCCGUGCUGGAUUAGAUAAAUCCUGUUGCUGUUUGCUGUGUUUGCUGUUGUGGGACCAAAUUUGGUGAAGUGCACCUGGUGCACCUACUCAUACUUCGUGGUAAACAGGUAAGUUUCCUGGACUGCUGAUUCUGUUGAUUUCUCAUCUGGCGGUAAUGCUUGAGUUUUGCCAUGUCCAGUUUCUGGAUGAAAACGUGGGGCUGAAAAUGUGAGGGAGAAACCUGAUAUGUCGAGUUUGAGGCACAAGACAUUUCACCAUCCCUGGGAUUGAUGGGUGUUUUUCCGCUCCAUGCCAUAAGGCUGCAGUGGCCUGGUUUGGCAACAGGGUGUCACUAGUGAAGAAUGUUUACCCGACACAGGCACCUGGUGCAUGUCUGGCUCACAGCUCCUUUUCCAACUGCCACGGUCAAGACGAGAGGAUUCAUGAAACACAGAUAAACAGAAUUUUUAAGAGAAAAGUCUAACCUGCAUUUGCUUUUGAAUUAAAUAAUUGAAAUUCUCACUGCUGAAAUCUCAAAGGAGAGUGCAGAUAAUGUUAUUAUUUCACAGCUUACAAUGAUGAGAAGAAUAAAACACUCUGCUUCACAUA